GAUAUAAGAAACAUUUUUGUUUCAUACAACAUGCUGUGAUUCCUGUAUAAACUGAGCUGUAUGCUACAAGUUGCAUGCAACAAAUCUUGCAUAAUUAGGAGGGGAGGUAGGUAGACAGUUCCAUCGCUUGAUAAAAUUGCACUAUAAAAAUAUACAUCAAUCCUAAUUAAACUAUAAUGUUGAUCCUUGUACUAUCUGAUGUUUAAUUGUAGUAAAGAAAAUCUUUCUUUUAGACAUGUAAUCUUAACUAUAGUUAGGUUCAUCAGACACCUGCUGAUGCUAUUGUUUAUCCAAACAUAUUUCAAUCAGACAUAAAGCUUGCAUCUACAUGUAGUUUCGUAUACAUCACUUCUUUACUGAGUAACUAGAACAAAUGAGAGCCGAAGUAACAUGGAAAAGCAUACAUUACGUAGAUAAGGAAGUAUAUAUGCAAAGGAUAUAAUAGUUAGCUAAAGGAAGUUCCUUAAGGUAUUUAACUUAAGUCACUAAUUCAAGCCACACAUUAUCAAUUGUCUUCAGUCUUGUGAAAGAAAGGAUGGAAAGGAAUUAUACUUUUACUGGUGAUUUCAGUCCUGAAGCAGUAGCAGCAGUUUUCAGCAUUGAAAUAAUACUAGCUCUCAUAGCUAAUGGUGUUGUACUAGUCAUUUCUAUUCAUCAAAGGAAGUCCUGGAAGGAAUCAUCAACAAUAUUCUUUACUUCUCUCAUACUAGCACACUUAUUAAUGUUAUUGGUCAUUCCUUUCUCUAUCACUUCAUUAGCUGCUGGUGAGUGGAUCAUUGGUAGCACUGAUGAGGAGAAGGAAGGAUCCUGUGGUUUCACUGCUUAUAUAACCUACUGUAGUGUUUAUAACACGUAUGUGACACUGAGUCUCAUAUCAAUCGAUCGGUUCCUUUUUAUUGUAAAGCCUCAUCUCCACAAGCGGUUCAUGAGUCCAAGGGUAGCUCUGGUCCUUGUCAUUAUUGUGUGGAUAGUCACUGCUGUCCUUCUCUCUUCUGGAUUCAUCGAUGGAUCUGGUUUAACUUAUCAGUAUAUAGAUAACAUAGGAGGCUGCUAUGUGGGUAUAACCAGUCCUAUUGCAUCCAUUUUUCGUUCUUCAUCUGCAUCUAUUAUAUUGAGUAUCAUUCUUAUUACAUCAGUUUGGACGUUUUGUUUCACUCGUAAGUUUAUUAAUAAUCAGUCAAUGAUAGUAGGAGAGAGUGUCUAUGCUACAAAGAAGAAGAGGCUGUUCGGGAUAUUUGGGUCAAUGCUACUAGUCUAUGGGAUGUGUUUUAUUCCCGCUACAUUUCUGCAAUCAUUUUUAACUAUUAUUGAUGCUCCAGACAAACUCAUUGUUUCUUCUCUUGUAUUAUUUCUUUUGGGCAUUAUUCUGAGUCCAGUUGUUCAGUCAUACUUCAGGCCAGAAAUCAAUAGAAUCAUUGUUGAUGUUAUUUGUCAUAAGAUGAUGCAUACACCUACUCCAACUGAUCCAAAUACAUCAAAUAACUUAGCAUAAUAAAUAUUAAUUCCUCUGAUUUCUGAAACUUUAGACACUUUUCUACUCCAGUGACUUUGAUAUACUUUGUAUAAAACAGCAUUUUGUAU